GACCGACUUCACCAUCAACACGGCACGUAUCACGUAGGUUCGGACAGCUGACUGGAUUAUACGGGGGAUGCGUCGCUCCUGUAGCGGCCGAGCUGCCUCGGUGACGCCCGCUCUCAGGUAGCAGCGGGCGGCUCGCUGGUAGCGGGAUGCCCUGUGAGCCCUCCUUAAUUGUCAGUCCCCACAGGACGGUAACAAACUGCCUCCAGAACCUUGACUGAAGUAACAGAACCUUUCCUGAAAUCAUGGGGAAUAUUUUUGGGAAUUUGCUGAAGAGCCUCAUAGGAAAAAAGGAGAUGAGAAUCUUGAUGGUGGGGCUUGACGCUGCUGGGAAAACGACAAUCCUUUAUAAACUGAAGCUGGGGGAAAUAGUCACCACCAUCCCUACUAUCGGAUUUAAUGUUGAGACGGUGGAGUACAAGAACAUCAGCUUCACCGUGUGGGACGUGGGUGGACAGGAUAAGAUCCGGCCCCUCUGGAGGCACUACUUUCAAAACACUCAGGGUCUGAUCUUUGUGGUGGACAGUAAUGACAGAGAACGUGUGAACGAAGCUCGAGAGGAGCUGAUGAGGAUGCUGGCUGAGGAUGAGUUGAGAGAUGCAGUGCUCCUUGUGUUUGCAAAUAAACAGGAUUUACCAAACGCCAUGAAUGCCGCCGAGAUCACAGACAAGCUGGGCUUACACUCCCUCCGUCACCGCAACUGGUACAUCCAGGCCACAUGUGCCACCAGCGGCGACGGCCUCUAUGAGGGCCUCGACUGGCUGGCCAAUCAACUCAAAAACAAGAAGUAAAAGGUGGCAAAACUGGAAAACACAGCCAGCAAGCCACCCCAAUCCAGUGUUUUCUUUCCUCUGGGUAUGGAGGGUUUGGGUUUGGUACAAGGGUUGUGAUUGGUAGGUGCAAAGCAAGACCCUGAUUUUAGGAAGACUUCAUUUUUGCUCUGUGCUCAGUGGUUAUUUAAAGGAAAAACAGGUUCAUAUCUAACCACAUACACUGAUUCACACUAAUCUUAACCAGUCACAGCAGACACUUGCUUUUUCUCCGUCCACCUCUUGUUCUUUGGUUCAGUGUGCUCUGUGUUAGUUUGCAGGUGCUGUGUCCAGUUUUUUUUUUUGUUUUCAGCUGUAAGUCAUUUAUGUAAACAGCAGCAGUCCUGUCUGAGUUCUAUUUUAUUUUAUCAAUGUUCUGUGCUGCAGGGUCACAGAGAUGUUUUACACAACAAUAGUGUCUCACAGGCUGCAAUGGUUUGCUCUCCUCUUUGACUCGGCGUCUAGAUGUGGUUGCAGGCAGCAGAGGGAUCAUUCAUCACAAACAGCUCUCUCCAGAAGAUGAUAAAAAUGGCCUCUACUGCCACAUAAUGCGAAUCAAUUCAUGCCCUGUAUUCAGCUUUAACCAUAUUCCCGUCAACUCAGGGCCAACAUCUCUGUCCCUGCUGAAGAAAAGCAUUCCCACAGCAUGAUGCUUCCACCAUCAUGUUUCAUGGUGAGGAUGGCAGCUCCCUCCACAUGCUAAAAAAACAUAAUCCUACUGCUGUAUUUUGGGAAUCUUAUGAUAUCCAGUUUUUAGUUUCAUCAAUCUCCAAUCAACUCUAACCAGCCUUCCUGUCCCUGCUGACUAAAAAGCCUCCCCACAGCAUGAUGCUGCUACCACCAUGUGUCAUGGUGGGGAUGGUGUUUUAAGGGCAAUGUGCAGUGUCAGUUUUCCAACACACCUAGCCACACGUGCAUGUAGGCCAAAUAGUAAACUUUUCUUCCAUAUCUUUGCUGUGUCCCUUACAUGGCUCAUGGAAAACUUGAAACGGGGGUUCUCAUGGUUUUCUUUCAGCAAGUCUUUGUUCUUGCCACCCUUAUAAAGGCCUGAUCCGUGGUGUGCAGACUCGAAGACAGCAGCAGUCCUGUGUCAGUUUCACUUCCUGUUGUGGUUGUUCUGACCUGCAUGGUUAUAGAACCAUGUUUUACAGAAUUAAAGGAUAUUGCAGAAUUAUACCAUCACAGCUGUUUUUGAUGGUUUUCUCGCCUUUCCUAUUUGUGAGCAGUGCUGAAAACUUUCAGUCAGUGUCCAGAUGUGCCUGCAGGGGCCUGAGUAAUAAUAAUUCACAAACACCCUUCCUUUCAUGUUAAAGUAACCACCUCUUACUGGAACAUUUUGGAAAUCUCUUGGGAUCAAUGCUGUGUUUCUAGUCACCUUGUGGCAACCCGAAACGCUGAAGCCGUCCUUUUUUAAAUAAUUAAAGCUGUGAAACACGCUCUCAAUUGCCUGACCUGCAUGCAACCUUAUCAGCAUCACUUCUCCAUUCAUAGCUCUGUAGACGAGGAUGCUGUUUGUAGAUCUUCUCUAACCUGCCUUCACUUUCAUCACAAAAAUCGAACUAAGACACCACUUUCUGCAUCAGGUGGCAGCAUUUGCUCAUCAGCUUUAAAAGGAGACACAGGGAUUAACUUUUUAUAACAUGCACAACUGCUGCAUGUCCGCCUUCUCAUGUGUCUAAACCAGCUCUCAAACAGCAUAAGGUUGUGUUUUUUUGUGUCCCUAGUCGAUUCUGUUACUGAUAACUGUACUACUGAAUGUGAAUAUUGUGGAGGAAUCUAUAACCGGCUAUAAUUAUAGAUAGUUUAUGUUCCCGGUCAUGUAUUUUCAAUUCAAUUCAGUUUUAUUUAUAUAGCGCCAAUUCACAACACAGGUUGUCUCAAGACACUUCACAACAGUCAGGUACAUACAUUCCAAUUAAUCCUAACCAUUGAACAGUGCAGUCAG